AUGAUUGGAAAUAUAAUCAAGAGUUUUAUGUGUAAAAGGAAUUUGGCACCGAUUCUCCAUGAUAAGGAACGUAAUGGCUUUAGAUCUUAUAUCAAUGAAGCUGAUUUGCCUCCAUCAAAGCGGAAGAGGUUGGAAAAUCUCCCUGUUUGCAGCAAGAAGAAUAAAACAGAGAUAAGUAACGAGAUCACUUCAUCUGCAAGAAACGAUUUAACUGAUCGAAAGAGGCUGGGUAUUUCAAUGACGGACUAUUUCUCUAUUGAGCAAUUGAAGGAUCAUAUACAUAAUCUCAGUCAUUAUAAUCAGGGAUCAACUGGAAAUACGAUAGUACGUUCUGUCUCUGAGAAUGUAAAUGUCUGUCAAUUAUGUGGCAUCGAUAAGCUUGUUUUUGUCCCAACACCUAUAUAUUGUUCAUCAUGUUGUAAGUGUAUCAAACGCAACUUGAUUUAUUAUUGGGCUGUGGAUGAAGCUGAUGGACGGCACUGCUUUUGUACGAAAUGUUUCAGGAAGUGUUGUGUCGAUGAUAAUGUCUCAUCCCAAGGACUAUCAAUUAGCAAAAAUAAGUUUCAAAAGGCUAAAAAUAAUGAUCGAAAUGAAGAACCGUGGGUACAAUGUGAUAAGUGUGAAUGCUGGCAACAUCAAAUAUGUGCUCUUUAUAAUGCUAAAAAAGAUUUAGAAGGACAAGCAGAGUAUAUAUGUCCGUUUUGUCGUUUAAAGGAAAUCGAAGCAGGAGAGCAUGUGUCUUUACCAGUUUCUAUCGGAGCUCAAGAUCUUCCAAGAACUAUGCUUAGUGAUCACAUUGAGCAGAGACUGUUCAGGCGCCUCGAGCUAGAAAGAAACGAGAGAGCAAAAUUGUCAGGACAUGAUGCUAACGAGGUACCUGGUGCAGCAGAUCUAAUUGUCAGAGUGGUAUUGUCUGUUAACAGAAAUUUGAGAGUAAAUCAACAAUUUUUGGAUAUUUUUCACAAUGAAGAUUAUCCUCCAGAGUUUCAGUACAAAUCAAAGGUGAUUCUAUUAUUCCAGAAAAUUGGAGGAGUAGAUGUUUGCCUCUUCGGAAUUUAUGUCCAAGAAUUUGGAUCAGAAUGUGCCCCUCCAAAUAGACGUUGCGUCUAUUUAUCAUAUCUCGAUUCUAUCAACUACUUUAAACCUGAUAUACAAACUGUAAAAGGGGAAGCUCUACGAACUUUUGUUUACCAUGAAAUACUGAUUGGAUACAUGGAUUACUGCAAGAAACGAGGUUUUACAACCUGCUAUUUAUGGGCUUGCCCCUCUAUAAAAGGCGAAGACUACAUCUUGUAUUGUCAUCCUAAAUCUCAGAAAACACCGAAACCAGAGAAGCUCCGGUUGUGGUAUAAGUCAAUGUUAAGGAAAGCAUCUGAAGAGGAUAUCGUGGUGAACUAUACUAAUUUAUAUGAUCACUUUUUUGCGCCGAGUAUAAGGAAUAGUGCUGCUCAUUUGCCAUAUUUCGACGGAGACUAUUGGUCAGGCGCUGCAGAAGAAAUAAUUAGGAACAUUGAGACAGAGAAUAGAGGUGAUAAAGUUAAAAAGCUAAUGACAAAGAGUACGUUAAAAGCAAUUGGACAUGACAAUGUUUAUGCAGAUGCAACUAAAGAUAUUCUAGUGAUGCAAAAGUUAGGGCAAACAAUCUUACCUGUGAAAGAAGAAUUCAUCAUUGUAAAUUUACAUGUUGUGUGCACAAACUGCCAACAAGCAAUACCAUCAGAAGGUCGAUGGUCUUGUAAGCAAUGCAAAAACUUUCAUAUUUGUGCGAAGUGUCUCACGUUGCAGAAAACACACACUUCUAGUAAUGGAGAAGAGCAUUUACGUUCUGAGGUUGUGAUGGACGAGGACGAUAUACCUGCUAGCACUGAGGACCAGGAUGCCAUUAUUGAAAAUGAUAUUUUCGAGAAUAGGCAUUCUUUUUUAAGCUUCUGUGAGAAAAAUCACUAUCAAUUUGAUUCACUUCGUCGCGCCAAGCAUUCCUCAAUGAUGAUAUUGGAUCAUCUCUACAAUAACAUUCGCCUGUCCAGAACUGACUCUGGCUUCGAAAAGGAGCAAUUCGAGGGUCAGGGACCAUUGAAGGUCAAAUUAAUGGGUGUUCUGGUGCAUGCAUCACAAUGCCGUGCAACCCUAAGUAAUCCCUGCUCGUUCUCAGGAUGCAUCAAAAUUAGGGAACUUUUUCAACAUGUAAGCCGGUGCAGUGUUAGAGUUACAGGGGGAUGCGCACUUUGUCGCAAAAUUUGGUCCUUACUGCAUUGGCAUUCACAGACAUGUCAAGAUACCAGUUGCCUAGUUCUCCGUUGCAAGGACAUUAAAAAGCAUGGCGUGGCUACACUUAGGUCAGGGUUUCCAAUUGGACACCCUUAG